GUCUGACCUCUUCAUCCUCACAGCAGCUCUGACUCUUCCACAGCUUUUUUUCUGACAGAAUGCACUGCAGAUGUAAAGAUCAGAGAAUCAGCAUGGAUUACCUCCGGGCUUUAGGUCGAGGUGGGAGCAGUGAUGAAUGCGUGAGGGACAUAAAGGAGAUUUACGCAGAUUUCGGUCACAGACUGGAGCAACGCUGGGAAGCACCAAUCACGUGAAUAAACCCCAUCAAUGCCAUUGGAUCCAGUCGCUCUGGCUUAUUGGCUUUGAAUCCCCAAAAUGCAGAAAGCAACCUACUACGAUAACGCUGGACUUUUUGGAGGUUACACCUACCCCAAACCUGACUCCUACAACUAUGGCCCUGCUCAGUACAACGCCUCCAACAUGGAGGGUGACUACCAGAGUUCAGUGUGCCCCAUCCAGACCUCUUCUGUCAGGCCCCCGACCCUCAAAGACAGUGACCUGAACGGGGACUGCAUGCGUCAAAGCGGCACUCAAAGCAACAGCAACAGCCAGGCUACCAGCAUCGGAGAGCAGCAGGGGCCUCCGCUGUCCGCAUCCUCCCCGAGCUCCAACGGAUCUACAUCAAACAAAAAGAAAUCUCCAUCCAGCAGCGGAUCCAGCUCGGCCACGCCGGCUCUCACCAAGCAGAUCUUCCCGUGGAUGAAGGAGACGCGACAGAACGCCAAACAGAAGGGCAACAACUGCGCGGCUGCAGGUAGAGAUCAUGAUGGAGACCCCUGUGGAGAGGUGAGUGAUGAGAAGAGCCCACCGGGUCCAGCAUCCAAACGGGUGAGAACUGCCUACACCAGCGCGCAGCUGGUGGAGCUGGAGAAGGAGUUUCACUUUAACCGCUACCUGUGUCGCCCUCGGAGAGUGGAAAUGGCCAAUCUGUUGAACCUCACCGAGCGCCAAAUCAAGAUCUGGUUUCAAAACCGGAGGAUGAAAUACAAAAAGGACCAGAAAUCUAAGGGGCUCGCGCACUCUCCCCUGGGGCACUCCCCUGAUAGGAGCCCACCGCUGAGCGGCCCAAAUCACAUUGGAUACUCUGGCCAGCUCCAAAACAGCCUCAGCUAUGACGCGCCCUCGCCCCCGUCCUUCGCCAAACCCCAGCAGAACAUGUACGGAUUGGCUGCGUACACGGCGCCCUUGGGUGGCUGCAUCCCGCAGCAGAAGAGGUACCCGGGCUCUGAGUACGAACACCACGGCAUGCAGAGCAACGGCGGCUUCGCCAACGCCAAUUUGCAAGGCAGCCCCGUUUACGUGGGGGGGAAUUUUGUUGAUUCCAUGCCAGCCUCUGGCCCCAUGUUCAACCUGGGCCACCUUCCCCACCCGUCAUCCACCAGCGUGGACUACAGCUGUGCCGCUCAGAUCCCGGGAAACCACCACCACGGACCGUGUGAUCCCCACCCCACGUACACAGACCUCACCUCUCACCAAGCGUCUCAGGGAAGGAUUCAGGAAGCGCCUAAACUCACGCAUUUGUAAUAUGUG